GUUCAAAAACGGAACCGAACGUGAGCGGACGUGUGCGGACGCGUCGCUGCCGGAAAAUAAGUUGCGUCGGCGUUGCGCGUUGUUACUGAAAGUGUGUGCGAGAAGGGCGCGCUCCUGUGUGUUGGUGUUGUUGUUGUUGUGGCCCGUCGUUCGUGUUUCGAAAUACCGCAUUGUUUAAUUACAGCAUUACAGCCGCAGCGGCUAAUUUCAAUGCAAACAAAAGCUAGUGUGUGAAUGAAAUUAUGCUAAAAUAGAUAAUACCAGAGUUUGCGAGGUGCGAAGUCGAAGAAGAAGCAGAGCAAACAACAACAAAUUGCCAUCACCUUUGUCAGCAGAGAAAAAAAGGCAAAAAGCAACAACUAAGCCGGCAUUGGAGGAGGCAAGAAGAAGAAAAACGCAACUGCGACGUCAGCAGAGUGGGAGAAGAAGAAGCAGCAGCAGCAGAGGAGCCUUGGUGGCCACAUUCCAGCGUCAUCAGCCGGCGGAGGCCGUCGCAGCCGCCAAACCCGGGUCACCGAAAUUCUUUCUUUCGCCAACGACCCCCCUGCCCCCGAAGAAGAAGCAGAAACAACACCAGGGGAUUCAAAAUAUCUUCAGCUAAACCGUUGGCGUGAUAAACAGUAUUAAAGACACCAAAAUGAAGCUCCCUUUGGGGCUUUUGUUGAUCUGUCUGGGCCUGAGCCUGACCAAGGGAGAGACGAAUUUGCCACCCGUAUUCACGCAGACCCUGAAUAAUAUUAUCCUUUACGAGAAUGUGACUGUUGGUACAGUAGUUUUCCGACUGGAAGCCUACGAUCCUGAGGGAAGUCCUGUGACCUACGGUGCCAUAGGCGCUGAUCACUUUAGCGUGGAUCCGGUAUCUGGAAACAUAACGCUGAUAAAACCACUGGAUCGCGAGGAGAAGGAUACCUUGAAGUUCCUGGUUUCGAUAAGGGAUCGUGUAGAUCCCGAAGGAGAAUCGGAGCGGGAUAAUGUGGUCGAGGUGCCGAUCACUUUUAUCAUUCUCGAUCUGAACGACAAUCCUCCGGAGUUUCAAAAUACUCCCUAUGAAGCCGAUGUAAACGAAGAUGCUGCGGUGGGAACCACUAUCUUUGAUAAGAUUCUUGUUAAGGAUAGGGAUAUAGCUGGCGAUAGUCUCGAUUUAAAAUGCCUACCACAGCAGCAAAGUCCAGAGGCCUGCAGCAAAUUCCGCCUGCAUGUGACCAAGCGAGAGGCCACCAUUCUGGAGGCAGCAGUUGUGCUCAAUGAUACCCUGAAUUACAACCAACGGAUGGUGUAUCACUUCCAGAUCGAAGCCACCGAUGGGCCGCACAAGACCCAAACCACUUUCGAGGCGAGGGUGAAGGAUGUGCAGGACAAACCGCCCGUAUUUCAGGGCUCCCUCUCGACAGUUAUUGAUGAGGACAGUCCCAUUAACACCUUGGUUCUCACUGUCCAUGCCAGGGAUGGUGACACUGGAGAACCCAGGAAAAUUGUCUAUGAUCUGAAGACAAAUCCCAAUGACUAUUUCCUGCUGGAUGCCCAGUCUGGAGAGCUGCGCACCGCCAAACCCUUGGAUCGAGAAGCUCUGGAGGAUUCCACGGGCAUUAUUUCGCUUGUGAUCCGUGCCAGGGAGCUGGUUAAUGGAGUGCCCAGCGAUGAUCCCCUGACGAGUGCCACGGCCAAGGCAACGGUGACCAUAAGGGAUGUAAACGAUUCUCCGCCUGUGUUCAAUCACAAGGAGUACUCGGUGUCCCUCUUGGAGAACACACCCCCAGGCACACCCCUCGCUCUGGACAUGAGUGUCAGUGAUGCUGAUGUGGGCAUCAAUUCAAAGUUUGCCCUGCGGCUAGACGACGUAUCCGGGGUAUUCGAUGUGGAGCCCAAACUGGUCACCGGCUACUCGCAGGUGAACAUUCGCGUGGCGAACGGCACCUUGGACUACGAAAAUCCCAAUCAGAGGAAGUUUAUCGUACUGGUGGUGGCCGAGGAGACAGACACCAAUCCUAAGCUCUCAUCCACGGCAACGAUUACGGUAAGCGUUCUUGAUGCCAACGACAACAAACCCGUUUUCGAGCAGGAGAGCUACUCGGCAUCCGUUUCGGAGGCGGCUCUGCCGGGUCAGUACAUAGCCACCAUUACGGCCAGGGAUGUGGAUUCCGGAAGCUAUGGUGACUCCGGCAUUCGCUACAGCCUAUCCGGAACCGGAGCCGAACUCUUCCAUGUCAACGAGCGGACAGGUGUUAUUAGCCUGGCCAACUGCCAUGGCGAAGGGGAGGGCAACCGGCGCGAGCGACGUGAUCUGCACGAGGAUGAGAACGAGGAGGAGGCUAAUGGCGAUGGCGAGGGCCAUCUGGAAAUGCUUUCCAUGGAGGCGGCUCCCAGGGAGAUUGGCACCGAGCCCACCGUCCAGUACACGUUAAUCACCCAGGCGCCAGAGGAGCCAGAGGUGUCGUCAUCGUCAUCGUCGGAUCCACUAUCCGCUCCGGUUCCACACGCAGCUCCAUCUCCAUCUGGAGUUCCCGCAGCGACUGCUAAUGACGACAAGGCACCGCAGACGUGUCUGGACUACGAAUCGGUGACCACGUACUUCUUGUCAUACAAGGCCACCGAUGACAAUGGGCGUGGUUCCGCCUCUGUGGUUUCCCUCCGGAUUUCUGUGACGGAUGCCAAUGAUUCUCCACCCGUUUGCGAAAGUCCCCUGUACAGGGCGAGUGUGGAUGAGGGUGCCGUGGUCUUUGAUUCCCCGCUGAUUGUCAAGGCACGGGAUGCGGACACCAUGUCCAGAAUCAGCUACAGAAUCCGUGGAUCCGAACAGGUAGAGGCCAUCUUUGACAUUGAUCGCGAGACCGGUCAGAUUAGCAUCAGGCCAAAUGCCACUCUGGAUGUGACCAAUUUGAACAGCGAUCAGCUUAUCUUCGCUGUGGAGGCCAACGAUGGUCUCUUCUCGGCCCACUGUGGAGUGAAUAUCACCGUGCGGGAUGUAAAUAACCAUGUGCCCAAAUUCGAGCAGCAGAGCUACAGUGCCGUCGUCGAGGAGAACUCGGAGAUUGGAACGAGCGUAGAGCGGGUGCAUGCCACAGAUUUGGAUACGGGCAAGAAUGCCGAGCUAAGAUACCGCAUUCAACAAGGUAGCUUCGAUGACUUUGGCAUCGACGAGCGCACCGGCGAGGUGUUCGUCUCCCGGAAACUGGACUUUGAUCGGCGCAACACCUAUCUGCUGCAGGUCCAGGCCUCCGAUCUGGGAACGCCCAGUCUCACGGGCACCGCCACGCUGACCAUAAAUGUUCAGAACAGCAAUGACAAAGAUCCGUACUUUGUGCCGGCCACCCAGCACGCUGAAGUACGAGCGGAUGCUCCUCCCGGUCAACUGGUGUACACUUUAAUCGCCCUCGAUCCCGAUGUGGCCAGUCAUAAUGCUCUGGAGUUCGCUGGAACUGAUGAUAUCACCGCCAUCGAUAAGGAGGGCAAGGAACUGCCGCAUUAUGAUCAGUUCAAGGAGUACUUUAAGAUCGCCAGGGACGGAAGGGUUUCGGUCAACAAGCAGUUGGAUCGCAAUCUGUUUGCCGUGAUGAGGAUCAAUGUUUUGGUCACGGACAGCACAGCUCCCAAUGUCCAGCAGGGUCGAGGAUUGCUAAUCAUACAGAUCAUUGAUGUCAACAAGAUUCCACCGCGCUUUAAUGCACCAUGGAGUGUGGAGCAGCCGCAAAUCAAGCUGCAGAUGGUUGAGGAGCAGCCUGUGGGCACCGUACUGACCACUCUUCAGGCCACCGAUGAGGAUUCUAGCAUAGGGGAAUAUAACAUUAGUGCCAACGACUACUUUGCCAUUAACCAGACCAGCGGAGUGAUCUACACCAUUGCUCGACUGGAUUACGAAGCAGUUAAGGAGGUCAAGUUCCAAGCCACCGUCAGUGAUACGGGUGUGCCCGCCCUGACAUCCACCGCUGAUGUGGUGGUGGACAUUAUCAACUUGAAUGAUAAUGAUCCCAAGUUCUCUCAGACCGAUUAUUACUUCAAUGUCACUGAAAAUUCACCGCGAGGCACGGUGGCAGGAAGAGUGGAGGCCCAAGAUGGAGAUGUGGGCGUCUUUGGCGAGAUUACCUACACCCUGAUUGGGGAGAACAACAAGUACUUUAGCAUCGAUGCUUACACGGGCAACGUUAUGGUGGCCAAUUCCUCUAUUCUCGAUCGGGAGCAGAUCAAGGAGCUUACCUUGUCGGUGGUGGCCCAGGAUAAGGCUCCUGCUGCAGUACAAAAGUCAGCCACGGCUACGAUCCACAUCAACAUUCUGGAUGUUAAUGAUAAUGCUCCUGUUUUCACGCGAGAUGUCUAUAACUCAACUGUGGCGGAAAAUGCUGCCUAUCAGCCACCUGCCGCCUUGCUUCAAGUACAAGCCAUCGACCAGGAUGAGGGUCUCUAUGGCGAUGUACGCUAUAUCAUCACGUCUGGCAACGAAAUGGCCCUCUUCAAGCUGGAUGCUCAGUCGGGUAUUGUGUAUCCCGCGCAGAGUUUGUCCGGGAAACAUGGAGCCUACGAGCUAACCAUCUCGGCACGUGAUACCCAGGGAUCGGGCACUAUGGAGAGCACAGCUAAAGCGAUUAUCACAGUGUUAAGGGUUAAUCGCCACAAGCCGGAGUUUGUUAUACCCGCACUUUCCAACGCCACCAUUGAAAUACCCGGUGAUAUUGUCCAGCCAGAUUACCUACUGCUCACCGUUAGGGCAAUGGAUAAUGAUACGGAGGAGAACGGCAAGAUCAGUUACCACCUGCAGGUGAACAACAGGAAUGAGCAGCAAACUGGGGAGUUUAAGAUCGACGAGGUGACAGGAGAGUUAAGAGCCAGGACGCAGCUGAAUCGCAAGAAUCGAGCCAACUACGACAUUAUCCUGGUGGCCCGUGAUGCAGGUAAUCCUCCAUUUGAAUCGCUACGUCUUCUCAGCGUUAGUAUCGUGGAUGCCAACGAAAAUCGUCCAGAGUUCCCAGAUGCCUCUAAUCCCUAUAAGGUAUCAAUCAACGAGAAUAGUGGUCGGGAUGUGAAAAUCGGACAUAUUCAAGCCGCCUCCAGGAGCAAGCACAACCGAGACAUCUUCUACUACAUGCUGCUGGGCAAUGAGGAUGGCGCCUUCUAUGUGGACAAACUGACGGGUGAUAUUUACACCAACAAGAGCCUGGAUCGCGAGGAAACGGAUGUGUACACUUUAUACAUCCUGGCCAGCAUCAAAGCGGAUCUGCAUAUCUCCGAAGAGGAACGCGCCGCUUUCUCGAUAAAGACUCUAAAUCGGGAUAACACAGUCGCAAAGGUAGCCAUCACCGUGCUGGAUGUGAACGAUAAUCCUCCCGUGUUUGAGAAAUCCAUCUACUAUGCCGGAGUAAAUGCCAAUGCCAAGAUGGGCGCAGCCAUAACCCUAGUUAAUGCCACCGAUGCGGAUCAGGGAAAGAAUGCCAAGAUUGAGUUUAUGAUCGUCGCUUCGAAUUUGUACAAGUUUGGGGCAACCAAGGCGACAGGUUCUAUUGUUCCCAGUCCAUUUGCCAUUUCGCAGGAUGGUCGCAUCUCUGCAAACACCAUUAUGGCCGAGUACAACCAGGAUCGUUUCGAACUGGAGAUUGUGGCCAGGGAAUUGGAGCAGCCCCAACGAUCAGCCAGCACCAAAGUUAAUAUCUGGGUCUUUGAUGGCACCCAACUGGUGCGUGUAAUCCUGUCGCGUCCGCCGGAAGAGGUUUACCAGGAGCAGGAAGAGAUUAUUGCCGAGUUACGUAAUGCCACCCAACAUCGCAUCAUCGUCGACGAGAUACGAUUCCAUUUGGACUCAAUUGGCCGCAUUCGCAUGGACUGGUGUGACCUGUACUUCCAUGCCGUGGACCCUCAGACCCAGCAGAUUGCACCCGUCGAUGAGAUUCUCAAGGAUAUCGACAGGAACUACGAUUAUCUGAAGGAUUACUAUGCUGGCUUUGCCAUAGAAAAUGUUGUGCCCGCCUACAUAGCUAUUGUGCAAGAUGAGUUUGACCUGGCAGUGGCUGGACUGGUGGCUCUAGUUAUUGUCCUUUUCGUAGGCGUUAUUAGUUUCAUUGUCUUGUGCUGCUGCCUGAAGCACUGGAAUCUAUCUGUGCCUGUGGAGACGCGUCGUAAGGAGGCCCUGAUUAAGAAACAGAUUAUCGAGGACCUGAAUACUACCGAAAAUCCGCUAUGGAUAGAGCAAAAACUGAAACUUUAUGAGGAACAAGAGCUGACCAUGCAGGUCUUCUCGGAGCCCGAUCACAUCUCAAACUCCGAGGCGCCGGGCCACCUGGAGCAUCGAAGCUCACUUGAGCAGGUCCACCAUGUGGGUCAGUCGGUGGACAACACCUAUGCCACCAUUCAGCCGCGUAAUAAUCAAAAUCGCCUCACUGGCGGCGGUGGUGCCGGUGGUGGUUCGAUGCGCAGUGGUGGUGGCGCCAGCGCCGGUGGAGUGGGUGGUGCUGGCUUGCUGCUGGCCCGCGUCGAUCCGCACAUGAAUGAGUUUGCGGACUACGCCACGUUGCGGAACAAUCGGGCGCCAUCGCUGUACGAGUUCACAGGAUCCACUUUCCAGGCACCCAUCCGGGAUGGCGACGAUGCCGUGGCCGAGCUGAUCUAAGCCUCGAUGGGAGCUGCUGCCCAAAAAGAUGUGUAAAUUAUGUAGUAGCUGUGUAUCUGUGUAGUUGACAAGCCCUUGCCGUGGUUUAGUUCAAACCGAAUCUGUUCUGUUGCAUCUUUGAGUUCGCCGUUGCGUUUACACCAACAAUAUUCUAGACACGUACAUAGCACAUAUAAAUACAUAUAUACAUAGCGUAGUUGUAUCUGGUAAGCCAGCGUUAUAUCUAGAACUCAAGUAACCAGGAUAGAGAGCCAGGUGCAGAAACAGAAACAGAAGCAGAACUACAAGAACCCAUAGAGGAAAUUCUCCCGCAUAAAUAAUGACAAUAAUAUAUAUGUACUAUUAUAUAUUGACAAUGUCUAGCCGUAAUGAAACGAUAUGAAUAUGUAAGAGUUACUAAUGUACAUCCUACAUCUGCAUCUACACAAUUCAGUCCACACGAAUACUUCCGCGAUAUUAGUUUUAAUGGCGUUCCAAAUGCGUCUACAGCCUAAGUUGUACCACUAAAAAGACUAAAUUAUUUGCUCUUCCAAUUCCGUACUACGUUUAGUUGUGUCGCUAACAUUUAGUUAUCUAGAUCCUAGUUUAAUUAGCCAAACUUGCUCAUACUCAUAAGUUCAGAUUUUAAGUUGGAGAGAAUUGGAAAUGUGCAACGAACUAAGUUACUUUUGACCGCUGUUCGAUUCCUCACGGACAGAGCCAGAAACUCAUUUAUGUUUGCAUUUACAUUAAACAUAUUAUACAAAUAAGUAA